GGCGGGAAGUGCACUAGGUUUGAAAUUGGAAAGCUGGCGGGGCUGCGGGAGCUGAGUCUGGAGCUCGGCUGUUGGCUAGAGUGGGCGCGGAUCUGGUGUGGGGAAGGCGAAGGGACUCAGGCCUGCCUGCGAAGCAUUGUCCUACAUAAUGGUAGAGGAUGAACUGGCACUGUUCGAUAAAAGCAUAAAUGAAUUUUGGAAUAAAUUCAAAAGUACGGACACCUCCUGUCAGAUGGCAGGACUAAGAGAUACCUACAAGGACUCCAUCAAAGCAUUUGCAGAAAAGCUGUCUGUGAAAUUAAAGGAAGAAGAACGAAUGGUUGAGAUGUUCCUGGAAUAUCAAAAUCAGAUCAGCAGGCAAAAUAAGCUCAUUCAAGAAAAAAAGGAUAACUUGUUAAAAUUGAUUGCUGAAGUAAAAGGCAAAAAGCAGGAAUUGGAAGUACUGACUGCAAAUAUCCAGGAUCUUAAGGAAGAAUAUUCUAGGAAGAAGGAAACUAUUUCUACUGCUAAUAAAGCGAAUGCAGAGAGGUUGAAAAGGCUGCAGAAAUCUGCAGACUUGUAUAAAGAUCGACUUGGACUAGAAAUUCGAAAAAUUUAUGGUGAGAAAUUGCAGUUUAUAUUCACUAAUAUUGACCCUAAGAAUCCUGAGAGCCCAUUUAUGUUUUCCCUGCAUCUAAAUGAAGCAAGGGACUAUGAAGUGUCAGAUAGUGCCCCUCAUCUUGAGGGCCUAGCAGAAUUUCAAGAGAAUGUAAGGAAGACCAACAAUUUUUCAGCUUUUCUUGCCAAUGUUCGGAAAGCUUUUACUGCCACGGUUUAUAAUUAAGCCAAAGAGACAGUAAUAAUAAUGAUGAAAAUGAUCCUGACAACUUCCCAGGAGGAUCUGAUGGAAGUUACAGCAGAACAUUUUUCCCCGGAACACAGACCCAGCAAUCAGCCAUUAUUCAACCACUCUGAGAUCUAGCGAAUGCUACACUUUUAUUUUUUUCCAGUUGGUUCAAUUUAGAGUAUAUGGUUCAUUGUAACAGACACAAUGAAAAUAUUUUAUGUACUAUGCCACUUUUGAUUUCAUGUAUGUGGCUGGAAUGUGGAACAAGUUCACUUUAGAAAAUCAAAUCUAAUCUUUUGUGAGAGUAGAGUGGGAUGGUGGAGUGCAGUGGAGAGGGGCAAUGCAGAAAAGAAGAAAAACAGGACCAGUAGUUUGGAGGUGGUCAUGACAUCCAUUAACUAAAGCACUGUGAUCAAUUAUCACAGGACUAUGCCUCAUUUAUGGUAAAUAUUAAAGAAAUGCUAAUGACUUAUAUUAUGCAGUGUGAAAAAUAUUUUGUAAUCAAUGAAAUAUAGACUAGUAGUUGGUUUUUAUUAAGUUGGCUUGCUAAGGCAGGUUAUAGUGCUUGCCAGUAAUUCCCAUCAAGUUCUGUCCAUCACCCGAAACUGAAUAGAGCAUCCUUUCUGGUAAAAUAUACCUAUGUACAUACAAAUAUCAAUUCCACUUCCUGACUCAGCUUAAUGAGUUUGAAUAAAAUUUUUAAAAAUCAUUUCUCUUCCAUCAGAACUUUCAUACCUCUCCUCAUCCUUCUGACUUGCCCCUGAGGAUGUGCUUUAUCUGACUGUAUUUCCUUGAAACUCCCCCUUAACCACCACCCCUUCCCUUCACAGGGACCACCUACCACAGCUUACAAACAUCUUACCUGCACCUGGUCCUGAAACAAACAGUGACCAUAACCCUACCCCUAUGACAGCCAAGCAGUGUUUAUUAAACACCCAAUUAUGUUGCCUAGAAGUAGAGUAUAAAGUGCUUAACUACUGAAUAAUACACAAAGAAAAAGAAAAAGGAACACAAAUGUAACUGUUCUAGGCCAAGGGCAGUGGCUGACGCCUGUAAUGCCAGCACUUUGGGAGGUCGAGAUGGGCAGAUCACCUGAGGUCUGGAGUUGU